UUUUUUUUUCCGCCCGCUCUCUCUCGCUUCUCUACCGCUUGCCCUUUCUCUCUUCUCCAUCUCCUUCCUUCAUUCCCAUCCUUCUCUCUCUCUUUCUCUUUCUCCUUCUCUUUCUUCGUCCAUAUUUUAUUCCGCUCCUUCGUUUCUUCGUUUCUUCGUUUCUUCGUUCCUUGUUUUACACUUCCGCCCAGGGACGCAAAGACAUAAAUUUCCGGGUCUCUUGUCCUCUGAUUCACUUAAUACAUCCACACAACGACUUUGAUAAUGGUUAACGGUCGCUCCUCCACCCCUCCCCACCGCACACAGCGUGCCCUCAGCGUCGCUGCUGACACCAGGAAGGCCAGGGGCACCCUCUAUAUCUCUUCCGAAUACCCUUAUGCCCACCCGUACCCACCUAGUCCUUCCAUACCAGACCUCCCCAGCUGCCCACAAAAACUGCCCAAGCCAGCCCAGCCCGCCCCUCUUCAACACGAUCCUGCCCAGGACUCAUUCUUCCAUUUCGACCAAUUCCAACGAACUGCGCCUUCCGUGGCCGAUCAGAAAAAGGACGACAAGGUCGCUCAGCGUCAGCGACGGGAGCAGAUCGUCCAGAAACUACAGCAGCAGCAGAUCGAGGCCCAGGAGAGGGCCAGGCAGGAAAAGAUCGAGAAACAGCAGAUAAAGCUCGAGCAGAAACAGGCAAGGGAUGAAGCCAAACAAUUUUACCGGGCCCAAUAUGAUCAAGCUAGUCAGAAGGAUUCCAGAGAAAAGCGCCAGCAACGGUCUGCUCCAAUUCAACCAUUCCCCAACGAGCUCAGUAGUCCAUAUCUUCAUGAUGCACACCCCCUCUAUCACCAGGACGCAUCGUCUAAUCUGUCCUACGACUGCGACGACAUAUCGUCAUCGUCAGCAAAAUCCCGCUCAUCGCGCCACGUUGCCUCGAACAAUAUGCGCUCGCUGAGUCUCAAAAGCACCACAAAGUCCAUGUACGAUCUCCGGCCGUGGUCUGGUGGACCACAAUCGCCCACACAAGGACAUCACACUGAAUACGAAAGCGAUGAGAGAUCGCACGGCUGGGACUCUCUGAUGGAUACAUUGUACUCGCCAACGUUGCCAUCGCCGUCCGACGCAGCUAGCUGGGAUUCCAAGGAUGACCAAGAUCAGGACCUGACGGACUCGAUGGGUGCUCUGUCAUUCUCCCACGACUACAGUGACAAUGGCAAUGGCAAUGGCAACGGAAAGUAUCUGCUGGUCCUAGGUGCCAAUGGUCGAGCUGGUAUUGAGCUAGUCAAGCAGGGUCUAGAGAGGAACUACCGUGUCACGGCAUUUGUCCGGGACGACAAACCUUUGUUGGAGGACAGCUCAUUGCGUAGGAACCAAAAUCUGCUCAUCGUGCGAGGCUCCCCGACGUCGCAGGCCGACGUGGACAGCUGUGUUGAGGGCCAAGAUGUUGUUGUCAACCUGAUUGGGGCCCGGCUCAUGGCAGGCGACCCAAUCAUCGGAUCACAUUCACAGGUCGUUCUCAAUAAUGCACUCAAGAAGCAUGGCGUGAGGAGGCUGGUCGUCGUCACAUCAUAUGGGUGCCUUGGUCUCCGUAACUAUCUCAUCAGCACCAAGAGGCUAUUUUCACGGGUCUUCAUGACUGGGAUUCUCAAGGACAAGGUGCUUCAGGAGGAUAUCGUUCAGCGGGACUCAGAGUUCUUUGAUUGGACUAUCGUUCGACCGAUAACUCUUAAAGAUGGCGACUUGUCGGAGAGGUACUGGGUGAGCUCAGAAGAACUUCCGAAAGCUAACAAGGUUAAGCAACUAAGCCGGAAGGACCUUGCACAUUACAUCUUGACGAUCAUUAACAGGCCUCAGGACUACAAGGCAAUCCGGAGUAUUGCUGGCAAACCAAAGUCGAGCAAACAGAAACUGUCCUGCCCAUCCGAGAGACGGCGGGACCCACAGGAAUUGGCAAGGCAUCAACAGGAGCUGGCUAAGGGGUACCAGGAACGAGGAGGAUAUUAGGCGCACAUUUUCUGCUUUAUCUGUGUUGUCAAUUUGCUCCUCCUGUACCUCAUUUCCGCAUAUCCUCUUUCAUUCGUCCCUUGUAAUAAAUAAUGUAGAUUAGAUUUCACGCAAUGCUCCAACUGAUACACCUAUUCCCUUUUCAACUGUUGCAACCAGCGACGAAGAAAGGUCUAGACGCGCUAUUGAAAUCAGAGUCGGCUCAGCCGGUUGCGAGUGUCUGGGAGUAAUGGUUUUGUUCUCUGC